CACAGAAUGUUCAGAUGAGCACCGCAGCAGUAGCUUCACAAGCUAAUUCUCAUAUGAAUUCUAUCCCUCAACACCUCGCUUUUUCGGGUAACAUGAUGUCUCAGGCUGGAAGCAAUCUUGGACAGGUCGGAAGAGUCGCCUCUCAUCCACAGGCGCUCAAUCACGUCAAUCACGUCCAAGCAAUACAUCCCGGUCAACCAAAUAUGCCUGGCAUACCUCCAAUGAAUCCACAAAAUAAUAUCCCUUCUCAUUUACGUCAACCAUCCGCUCAACCAAUGUUGUCUCGUAUCCCUAGCUCAAUUCCUACCUCAAUGUCACCAGAUUUGUCUAGUACACUAAAUCGCUCUCAAGGUCAAAAUCCAAUGCGAACUCAAUCAUCCCAGCCCCAGUUGAUGAACAGUCUAUCACAACCGACUCUUUCUCAAGCCGGAACCUCCACAACGAUGCCACCAAAUGGUUUUCCAUCCCACUCGCAUCAUCCAAUCACUUCUUCUUCCCCUCGUCCUACAGGUCCUCUCCAAGGUCAUGCCUCCAAUAUGAUCAUGGGUACACCUGGUCCUUCACAACCCCCCGGUGCUCGUCCAAUGAACCCCGGUGAUGGAGUAUUCAUGGGUAUUCAGAAUCCCCAGUUCAACCCUGGCUUUACCCCAGGAGGUAAUCGAAUAUCGUCCUCCAACCCUUCCUUCACUACUUUUGUGCCUUCAUCCACCCAGGGUGACAUGGACAUGCAGCAGAACAUCUCAGAUGGCAUGUCUAAUCCAGGCAGUCGUCCUGGAUUCCUUACACCUGCCCAGCAGUUUGAGCAUAUGCAGCACACUGAUAACAGUUUUGGCGGUAAUUUCAACAUGCCGACCCAAGUAAACGUCCCCCCUCGUCCUCCAUCUCACCCCACGUCCGGUAUACAUCCUUCCAUAACACCUCGACAACCACCACCUCCCCAUCAACACUCUCCACAUCAGCCCGAUCCUAUGGCAGGUCAUGUACAACAACAACAACAACAACAACCUCCAAGACCCCAGUCUCAGCCACAGGGUCCCUCUGUUAGACCACCAUCACAAGCUGGGCCGUCGCAAACCCCUCGAGCUUCGCAUACCCAGCUUCCGCCAUCAUCGUCUAGCGGUCUCCUUCCUCCUACACGUAUACCCCCCGUCACACAAGCACAGACGUCACCGCAUCAACAACGGCAGGCAACUCCAGGGCAGCAGCCAAUAGCUCCACGGCCGCCACAGUCUUCGACGAGCGCUGCCGCUGCACCUCCUGUUACGACCGCGCCGUCCUCGGAGCCGGCGGUCCCGCCUCCCAUUCGCACCUCCCCUGUGGUGGCCAUGCCCGUUGGUCUUGGACAGGGUCUUGUUCGAUUGCUUCAAUUUAGCGGAGUCCUUUCAGCCGAAAACCCCACUAAACAUCAGUUAUCACACUGGGAAACUGUUGUGAAAGACUACUUCACUCCGACGGCCAUAAUGAAAUUUACCUUGUGGAAAGAUAACCAGCGGAAUGAAGCAAAGCCUUUCGAGAUCGGCGUGCCUAUUCUGCCUCGGUUUUUUCUAGUCACCACCCAAUCUGGUGUGAAAUCCAUGACACUCUCGCUGGACGGUGCCCGAGAACGGCUACUCUCACAACACCACGCGGUUGUAGAGUGUGUUGCGGCUGUUUGGACAUACCGAUACACCAACGGGUACACAGUCACACUUCGGGGUCCGCUCACAGUCCACGUUAUCCUCAUUCCUCAGCCAAACGCCGCCACCUCCCAAACACCGCCAUAUUCCCUCAAAUUUGACCACCUCCAAUUCGAUGCAAAUCAUCACGAAAAGUUUAUUGCCUUGGACUCGGUAAUGGGUCAUAGGCAAUCGGAGUCACCGAAGACGCCACGCGUGAGGACGGCACCGACGCCAAGUCCGAACGGGACGGUGAUGCAUAGGAUGGAUGAUGAGAGAAUAUGGGAAGAACCCAGAGUUAUGAUCGACCAUGCGUCGAUACCGGGAGAACCUGUGAACGCAUUUGGGAUUCCGCAGGCUACCAUGCGGUGUCUGGAGUUGGCAGAAAGUGUCAGUCAGAUGACCGAUCUAAUCACAUUUGCGAAUGAAACAAAGCUAGGACCAAUGGACGCCCUUGCAAAGCUAGCGGACAAGCUACGAGAAGGGUCUCAAGGGGGUCCCUAUAUGGGCAUGCCUCUCUCAAAUGGGCACUUCCUGCCCUUUCAAACCAUGAACGGGCUUUCAACAUCGCCAGCGGUGACGUUGUAUCAUAGCAUGUCUUCAUCACCGUCAGUAUCGCAUCCUGGGCCCUCUGCGCACUCCCCAAAAAACCUCCCUCCCUCGGCUGACAACUCACAAAAGCAGACCAGACCCACAACUGCAUCUGGCACCGCGCCCCCCAACUCCUCAAAUCCAGCCAAUGCACCCACACCUUCCCAAUCCGGCAUGACAACGCCUUCAAUGACCUCGGCCACCCUCAAACGCAAGACCAACGACACCAAUUCGCCUUCUCAAUCAAAUGCCGAGCCUUCAAAAAAGACGCGAAAGUUGACCCAGAGACGGUAGCGGAUGAUCUAUAUAUUCGGAUUUCUUUUGUUGCUUCGUCGUCGAUCGAUCUGAGCGAUCAUAUUGUUUUGUCGCAUUGCAUGAUGCUGAAUAUACCAGCUUCGAUAUCGACAUAGUAUUCUAACUUUGCUAGGGAUGUAACUUGCCACGCUCAUUGUCAAGUAGAACUGCUUUACUUACAUACACCUGUUUUUAUUUAUAGCUUUUGUUUGUAUCAUCACCAAACGGCGUGUUCAGCUUC